GUCGAAGAGAAAGCAAGCCGGGUUUGGAAAACUCGGCAGUUGGCAUCAAGUGCCAAAAAGGCUGACGCUUCUUGGUCCCGCCACCCCUUUUUGUCUCACCUCCCGUCCACCAUCACCACCGCCGGACGCUGUUCCGCAACUUGCAUGGCGCAGACAACGAGAAAGCACGUGUCUGUUUAGCUGUAUCAAUAAUUUCCUGUUGUCCAGCGUUAUCGCCAACUGAGGCGCGGAAAACUUUUCCAGUUCUCCUUCCUAGGGUUUCUCAAAUCCCUAUGGACAGAGGGGGAUUUCGCAAUUAAUUCGCUAAUCAUUAAUAAUUAAUAGUGCUUUCGUUUCCUAGUAUCCACGCAAGAGGAUCGGAAUCAGGGAACUUGUGGCUGCCGGGAACUGUUUGCAGGACCCGUGCGAGUCGGAGGUAGCUCCAAUGGAGGUCGAGGUUCCUGAUCCGAAGGCCAUUGUCAAAAGUGCGAUGGAGAAUUCGGAGAAGGAUCGUGUUCUGGUCAGGAGGAAGACCUUGGAGGCCGUGCUCGAGCAGUGUCAGAGAGCUCUAGAAUUGCUCAAUUCAACCGAUGGUGAUGGUGACGAUGUGGAGAGUUGUGAGGGUGAAGCCUUAGUGGCCGAUGAUGAACGUCGACUUGAAGGCUCAUCCUCUAUGCGAGCUGAUCGAGAAGCUGAAGAGUUAUGUGAUCUUCUCAAAUCUAGGGUUGAGUGCCCUGCCUUCCUUGAAAAGUUAGAGUGUGCCCAGGCAUCAGUUUCGCAGAAUGCAGCUGAUGGCAAUUCUUGGGAUGUGAUCAGUGACAAUGAUUUAUGGGAAGGUGAAAAUAUUGAUUCAGACCAGGAAGAUUAUGUCCUUGUUAGACAAGAAGAUAUAGUAGAGGGCAUUGCUUGCUUCAUGGCUGCGUAUUUGUUUUCUCUUAAACAGACUAAGGAUUUAACCCCUAACCAGCUCCAGGAAGCGCUCGGCAAGACAUUUUCAAUGAAAAAGAAGAAGGGGAAGCUUCAAAAGGCAUGGGCUGGGAGCAAAGUUAUUUACAAUGUUGCAUCCUGGGGAGCUACUGCUAUUGGGAUAUAUCAAAACCCUGUUAUUUUAAGGGUUGCAACUAAAGCAUUCUGGACUUCUUGUCAUGUUAUAUCAAAGCUUCUCUAAUUCGCCAAUGCAGCUUAGAGCAAAGUUGCGAUGUACAUUAACGCUGUAUUUAUGCUUGUGCUGCAAUUCAGCGUGGUCUGCCACAAUCUGUGCAGUUUAUAAUUGUAUUCGUUUGCUCCUUAGUUCAUUUGGUUUGGAUGUAGCUCGAUCUUGUAAAUAUCUCUUCUUUUCAUCUAAAUGCUUGAGUGGGGAUAACUUCCUGGGGAUGUGUUUUUUUUAUAUUAAUGUUCGGUGGUCUUUUCAACUGUAUAAUUUUAAUCAUUCAAGGGAAAGCAAUAAAAAUCGAGUGAUUAUUGUUCCAA